AUGCAAUCCAAGCCGAAAAGUGAUAAAGAAGCAGAGCCCAACCUCUAUAAUGUUUCUAACCCCUCGCUUUACCCUGAUUCUUGGUGGAAUAAUGCUGGAUUUAAAUCCUUUAACCCGGCAAUGAUUAGGGGAAAUGCGUCCGAGUCAUCCUCUCGGGAACAAUCUGCGGACGGGCAAUCGCAGUCGGAAAGUGGUAUAAAUGAGGAAGAUGAUGAUAAUGCCAAACAGCCAUCAAGCACCGUUCCUUUGCACCCAGACAGAAACUUCAUGGGAGAGGAUCUGAAUCUCCAGCAAGUUCCACCUACCUUGCGCCCGAGAGAUGACGGGAACGCGACUGAGCCCCCACAACUAAAUCUCGUUGGGCACUCAGUUGCUAUUGGGAUGAACCCUUUUGAUCCCUACUACGGAGGCAUGAUGGCAGCUUAUGGGCAGCCCUUGGUACCUCCUCAUUUAUAUGAUAUGCAACAAGGGCGGGUCCCACUACACCUGGAGAUGGCACAGGAGCCUGUCUACGUGAAUGCCAAGCAGUACCAUGGUAUUAUGAGGAGACGUCAGUCACGUGCUAAAGCCGAGCUGGAGAGAAAAUUAAUCAAAUCCAGAAAGCCUUAUCUACACGAGUCCCGACAUCAACACGCCCUGAGGAGGGAAAGGGGCUCGGGUGGGCGUUUUGCAAAGAAAACUAAUAAUGGAGAUGCUUCUAAAGGUGGGACAAGUUCAGCCUCCAGUUCCUGUGGUGGUCCAAACAUGGCUGAAACUCAUGAUCGAUACAAUGUCGAUGUUGGUGGUCUUGGUAAACAAGCAGACUCGCACCAACCACCGCAUCAGCCAUAG